AUGUCUAAGAUCGCUUCGACUUUCUCGCGCCUGGUGCGCUUCGUCCCCAAGUCGAACCCCGCCAAGGUUCUGAUCGGUGAGCCGGUCGAUCCCCAGCUGGACGUGGGAUUGGCCCUGUACCAGGGCAAGGAGGUCUCAGUGCGCCCCUUCUCGGGCUCGUCCGUCCUCAGCCCCGGCCAGGUCACCGGCUCGACCGAGACGAUCGACCACAUCCUGUCUCCUCUGGCGCAGAGCGAGGUUGGAUCGAUCCGAUGCGUUGGAUUGAACUACGUGUCGCACGCCAAGGAGAUGUCCCUCCCCCUCCCGGACGUGCCAACCCUCUUCAUUAAGCCUUCGACUGCCCUGGCCGAUCCCUUCCCGGCGCCUACUGUGCUGCCGAAGAUCACCCAACAGGAUGGCACCGGUGACUACGAGUCUGAGAUGGUUAUUGUCAUUGGGCGCGACGCCAAGGAUGUGCCUGAGUCUGAGGCCCUUGACUACGUUCUCGGGUACACGGCUGCCAACGAUGUGUCCAGUCGGACAUCCCAGAUGAACCAGAGCCAGUGGUGCUUCUCCAAGGGUUUCGAUGGCUCAUGUCCCAUUGGCCCCGUUCUGGUCUCUGCUGCCCUGAUCCCCGAUGCCAGCAAGUUCCAGAUUCGCGGUCUGAAGAGCGGCCGUGUGAUGCAAGACUGCCCUCUCACUGACCUGAUCUUCAGCGUCCCCCAACUCAUCAGCUUCCUCUCGCAGGGUACCACCCUCCCUGCUGGCACUAUCAUCCUAACCGGUACCCCGCCCGGCGUCGGCGCAGCCAAGACCCCCAAGGAGUUCAUCAAGGCCGGCGACGAGUUCGCGGUUGAGCUGCUGCCUCACGUGGGCACGCUUAUCAACAAGAUCGAGCACCAAGAAUGA